AUGAACUAGGAUUGUUAAUUAAGAGCUAGGUUUACCUUUUGGCUAAGUGUUAGCAAAGACUAAAAUGUUGAUAAUUUUAGUGACCAGUUGAAAUAAAUAGCCACAUUCGGAACAGCAAGAGAAUUUUGGUCAAUUUAUUCUUAUAUGGUGAAACCAGAAAAACUACCUUUAGGGGCUUAAUUUUUUUUAUUCCAGGAGUAAAUUCAACCAGUAUGGGAAGACCCAUAAAAUAUGAAUGGUGGUAGAUUGAUACUCAGAGUUAAACGAGGAUUUGAAAAUAGAGUGUGGGAAGAACUUAUUUUACAUUAUUUAAGCGAUGAAAAUCCACAUUUAUAAGGCGUAUGCGGAAUUAUUGCUCACUCUAAAAAGAAUUUUAUUCUAAUCUCAAUUUGGAUUAAAGAUUAGAAUAAAUAUCCCAAAUUAUUAGAAGAAUUAACAAAAUGGAUCAUUAAUUGUCUUGGAUUGUAAAAUAAAAAAGAAUUUGAAUAUAUCGCUCAUCCACAUUAAUAACAACAAGGAGAAACUCAAUGAAAAUUAUAUUUGUCGUAUAUGUGUUAUUUGCAAUCAUAUUUGUUAUUAUUAA